UUAGGCACGAAAACGACUAGCGUUAUUAUUAGCUGUGUGUUUGCACAGUAUUCCACAGUGUUUCACGGUAGCACUAGCUACACGGACCCAUAUAUUCACCAGACUAUGAGACCUUGAUUCCAUCACUGAUCGGUCAAUCUCCCAGAGCACUCUUAAGUCCUUGCGAAGCCAAUACACAGCUCUUACCGCUUAAUACACUCUGUACAUCAGCCCGCAAACAAUCAUGGAUUUUGGCUGGUUUGACAAAGCAAUCGCAGAUACCGGCCAUGCCGCCGAAGCCGUCGCAGGCCAUGCAACAAGAGCUGGUGAAGAGAUGGCGAAAGCCGGGGAGAAAGGCAUGCAAGACAUUAACGACAGCGCCACCGGAACCAUGCAAGCCCUCAGUGAAGCGGGAGACAGUGCAUUCCAAGAGCUCCGCAAGCGAGCGCAGGACCUCCAGAACACGUACCAGAACGAGACCAUGCCAGCACUUCAGCAGUUCGGCGAUGACGCGUGGAAAAGCAAGGAAGAAGCAGAGGAGUAUAUGCUCAACUUCGACUGGAAUAACCUCCCGGAAGCCACGUUCGAGUUCGUCAAGGAGCACCCGCAUGAGAUUGCACUUUGUGUGAUUGGCGGCGUCAUCAUCGCGGCGCCGGGACUGUUCUUCAUGCCUCUCCUUGGAAUCCUGGGUUUUACGCCUGUCGGGCCUGCUGCUGGGGUGUGAUUCGCAUACUUGGAGGGUUAUAUGUACUGACUCAGUCGAAAGGUUCUAUUGCGGCGGCUGUGCAGGCCUCUAUGGGUGAC